GUUGGAAAGUUUGCAUGCAGGGAUCAGGAAGUGGGCACAGUAUAGCCCCGGGUGAAGCUGUUUGGCGGACCAAUGUUCUGUACUGUCUGGAGUCAUUUCUGGAUCCUAUCUGCAGUAAUGUGCCGAGCAGCCAUCAGACGUCUGCAGAUGAGUGACAGCUGAGUCCAGGCUCCCUCUCUGUGCUUAGAGUGAUUAACCAGUGACACCAGUGGGAUGUCAUACUGGUCUGUUGGCCUUCCCCAGGAUACUGCAGACGCUCUCAGCAACAUGGAGCAACAAAGCGGCCCUGGGGAGGAAAUGGGAGCCAAGGCAUCGUUGGUGGAAGGUCCGGGUCCUGGGUCUGCUAUGGUAACUUCUCCCACUCUGGACAACAUCCGGGCAGCCUAUGAAGAAGGAGAGAAUGAGGCUGCCAGGGAGCUGAUCCAACAGGCCUGCUGUGUAGAGUGCAGCGCAGCAGUGCCUCACAUCGAUGGGGUUGGUCUUCUUUGUGUUGCCUCUCAGCAUGGUGAUCUGCAGAGUGUCUCUUACCUCCUGAGAGAAGCCCGUAUCAUUUUACCUCAGGAACCAUCCAGCAGCAACCCAGCCAUCCUGGCAGCGUACUACGGCCACGCCAGCGUGGUCAAAGAGCUGCUGGACUCCAUCCCUGGUCCAUGUCUGAGGAGAGACUUGUUGAACUUUAUGCUGGCGACAUCCUGCCAGCAAGGUCAGCUGGACGUGGUGCGGCUGCUGGUCCACGGCUACGCUGCUGACACCAAGGACUGUGCCGUCCACAGCGAUGAGUUCGCUGUCAUUACGGGGCUGCCACUGUAUGCUGCUGCACAAGCAGGUAAUGAGGAGAUAUCUUGCUUCCUGCUGCAGAAUGGGGCGGGGUUUUCCUCAUACACCCUGAUGGACCACCCAGCCUUCAGCAAACACCUCCUUAGACUCAAACUACAGGAAACCACAAACACAGAAGGAGACAAGGCUGUGUCUGUGUGCUGGAGCGGUCUGCAGCUGCCCUGGUUGGAGCUCGAUUGGUUCAUGGAUGUCUCCUCACGUAUCGCCCACCUAGAUCUGUCCUCCAACAGCCUUGGGGCUUUGCCCUCCGUGGUGCCCUGGGGCCUCAUCGGCCUGCAGACUCUAGAUCUUUCCAGCAAUCUUCUGAAGGAGCUGCCAGCUGCUGCCAGCUCCCAGCAGGUCCUCUGCUCCAGGUUACAGCACAUCAAUCUCUCCCAGAACCAGCUCAGCAGUCUGCCGCCCGGACUCCUCCACCUGACCCACAUCCAGAGAAUUUCUGCUGCUAAGAACCAGCUCACAGACCUGUUUGACAUUCCUUCCACCACUAACUGGAUUGGUCUGCGUAAGCUGGAGGAGCUGGAGGUGUCUGAUAAUUGUCUCAGCAGCCUGCCCACAGCAGUCCUGCACUGUCUGAAGUCCCUGAUCCUGCUCAAUGUGUGCAGGAACAAACUGAGCAGCUUCCCGGAGCCCUGGGCCUGUCCUCUGAAGCAAUGCAACGCUUCUUCCAAUGUCAUUGAGAAUCUUCCAAACACCAUCUCCAUGUCCUGGAGGACGCAGCUGCAGGAGGUGGACUUCUCUGACAACAGCCUGAAGGAGUUGCCCUCAUAUCUCUUUGAACUGGAGGCUCUAGUGUCGUUGAGAUUGUGUGGGAAUCACAUUGACACACUCCCUGCCCCCAGUAAGUGGAAGUGCUCUAGGCUCAGGACCCUGGAUCUAUCCAGGAACCAGCUGGGCAGAACAGAGGAGGGGCCCAAAUCCAGGAAGCUGGCCUUCCUGACAACCUGGAACAGGAGGGACCCAGAGCCAGUGUGUUCCAUAGAGUUUCCCAUGAUUCUGCGGGACUCACUGGAAGUGCUUUUCUUGAAUGAUAACCAGCUGGAGUGUGUUCCCCAGUCAGUGUGUGGUCUGCACAGCCUCACUGAGCUCUACCUCUCCAAUAAUCCAAGAAUCCGGGAGCUUCCUGCAGAGCUCAGUCAACUGUCCAACCUGUGGCAGCUGGACACGGAAGACCUCAACAUUACUAAUGUCCCCCAGGACGUCAGAAAAGAAGGUCCUGCGUCUGUCCUGGCUUUCCUCCGGGCAUACCUUCGGAAGGCUGCCCCUUGUAAACUGCUGAAGAUGCUUGUGAUUGGUCCACCGAGACAGGGGAAGACAUCCCUUCUGGAGGCUUUACAGACCAGCGAGGCGGCCCCCUUCACCCCCGCAGAAUGCAGCAUCUCCAUGUCCACCUGGGAGCUGGACAACCCCAAUGGAGACAAGAGCAGUAGGGACUCUGUGGCGUUCAAUGUGUGGGACAUCGGGGGUCCAGCCAGCAUGUCCACAGUGACCCAGUGUUUCUUCACUGACAAGGCCCUGUACGUAGUGAUCUGGAACCUGGCUCUGGGAGAGGAGGCUGUGGCCAACCUGCAGACAUGGCUGCUCAACAUAGAGGCGAGAGCACCCAACUCUGCGGUGGUGGUGGUGGGAACACAUCUGGAUCUCAUCGACACCAAGUUUCGCACCGAGAGACUGGCCACUCUAAGAGCUUACAUUCUGGCUCUAUGCCGAUCCCCGUCAGGGGCCCGAGCUUCCGGAUACCCCGACAUCACCUGGAAACACCUGCAUGAGGUGUCCUGUAGGACUCGGGAGGGCUUGGAGGCUUUGAAGAAGCUGCUCUUCCAGGUGUCUCGCUCCAUGAGGGACAGCAGCAGCAGCUCGGCCUGUGGCAGCAGACUGCUGGGCAGACUGAUCCCCAGGAGCUACCUGACCCUUCAGGAUGCAGUGCUAGCAGAGAAGCAGCGGCGGGAUGCUGAAGGAGAGGUCCAAUACAUCACUGAGGCCCAGCUGGAGCACAUCCUCAAACAGAACCCAGAAAGGGACAUCAGAGACUAUGAGGACCGUCAGACUGCCAUCAGCUUCUUGAUAGAGACAGGGGCCCUGCUGCACUUCCCGGACACCAGCCACGGCCUGUGCACCCUCUACUUCCUGUGUCCUGUGUGGCUGUCAGAAUGCCUGGAGAGGAUCAUGCACCUCAAGUCCUCUCGCUCUGUAGCCAGGAAUGGAGUGAUCAGAACUGAAGACCUUAGGAUGCUGUUGGUAGGAACAGGUUUCACCGAGCAGACAGAGGAACAGUAUUUCCAGUUUCUGGCCAAGUUUGAGAUUGCUCUUCCUGUGGCCAACAACAGCUUUCUGCUGCCCCACUUACUUCCCCCCAAGCCAGCUAUGGACAUCCACGGCCUUCGCCAGCAGACCCACAACACCGUGCAACGCCUCGUCAGGAUGAGCUUUGUUCCUGCUGGAUUUUGGGAGCGCUUUAUAGCCAGGAUGCUCAUUAGCCUCACAGAGAUGGACCUGCAGUCUUUUGAGCCCAAAGGAAACACCAGGAGCCAGUGCAGCAGGAACUCUGUGAUCUACAGUUUUGCUGGAACCCAGCAGAGGAACCGGUGCAGCACCUUCAGAGUCAAACGCAGCCAGACCAUAUACUGGAAGGAGGGGCUGCUGGUCACUUUUGAAGGAGGCUACCUAAGUGUGGAGUCAUCAGAUGUCAACUGGAAGAGGAAGAAGAGUGGAGGGAUAAAGAUCAUCUGCCAUUCAGAGAGCAGAGACUUCUCUGCCAUGGCUUUCAUCACGGACAACGUGAACUCUCUGAUCGAUCAGUGGUUCCCCGCUCUGACCGCCAGUGAGAGUGACGGGAGUCUCCUCAUGGAGCAGUACUCUCCCUGUCCCCUCUGUGCCUCACUGGGCCCGCAGAAGCAAGCCAAGCUUGUAGGUCAGGUGGGAGAAGAGGGAGCAGGGGGGGGGGCUGAUGGCGCAGGAGGGGCAGGGCUUCAUUACUUCAACAUGGAGGACUGCGUUCUGGCUGCAGUGGAGAAGGAGCACAUCCUCUGUCCUCAGCACCCUGAGCAGCCAGUCAGCCUGCAGGAACUGGUCCCAGAACUCUUCAUGACUGACUUCCCUUCACGGCUGUUUAUGGACAGUGCCCAGCUGGAGUACUCUGAGGAGGAGAAGAACAUCCUUGGCCAGGGUGGCAGCGGAACUACCAUCUACCGAGCCCGGUAUCGUGAGCAGCCGGUGGCAAUCAAACGCUUCCACUUCAAGAAGUGUCGUCAGCAGGCCUCCAGCAGUGAUACAGACACCAUGCUGAAACACCUGCAGUCUGCAGAUGCCUGUCGGAGCUUCUCUGAGUUUCGCCAGGAGGCCAGUAUGUUGCACUCUCUGCUGCAUCCCUGCAUCGUCUCUCUGCUGGGCAUCAGCAUCCACCCCCUGUGCUUCGCAUUGCAGUUAGCCCCCCUGGGCAGCCUGAACACUGUGCUGGAGGAGAAGCGCAAAGGCUCCAGAUACAUGCCCCUCGGUCACAUGCUAACCUUUAGAGUAGCCUAUCAGAUUGCCACAGGACUGGCAUACCUUCACAGGAAGAGCAUCAUCUUCUGUGACCUCAAAUCUGACAACAUCCUGGUGUGGUCUCUGGAGGUUCAAGAUCCGGUUAACAUUAAACUUUCUGACUAUGGCAUUUCUCGACAAACCUUCCAUGAGGGAGCCUUGGGGGUCGAGGGCACACCGGGUUACCAGGCUCCUGAGAUCCGACCGGGCAUCGUAUACGAUGAGAAGGUGGACAUGUUCUCCUAUGGUAUGGUGCUGUAUGAGCUGCUGUCUGGGCAGAGGCCACUGCUGGGACACCACCAGCUUCAGAUCGCAAAGAAGCUCUCCAAAGGCAUCCGGCCGCUGCUGGGCAGCCCAGAGGAGGUCCAGUUCUGCUGCCUCCACAGCCUGCUGACUGAGUGCUGGGACACCAAGCCUGAGAAGAGGCCGGUGGCCCUGCAGUGUGUGAAGCGGAUGCAGGAGCCCAGCUUCCCCUGCCUCCGGUACCUCCUGCUGACCUGCAGCCACUCGCAGCUCUUCCUCUCACCGCUGCAGGGACACAGCGCUGUGUUCUGGGAUGGAGACAAGGACAGCAGGAGCUACAGUGUGGUGAAUGUGGAGAAGGGGCAGAUGGAAGUGAAGAGGAUGAGCUGUGCAGGCAGCAGGGUCAGCUGUCAGAUGAAGAUGGGUAACAUUCUAUGGAUGGCCACUGAGGAGCAGGAGAUUUUCAUCUACAGUCUGAAGGAUAUGUGUCCGCUCAGCCAGCCCCAGAAACACUUUUCCUGUCCAGCCAUCAUCACCUGCCUGCUCCCUGUUCCAGCCCAAGAACAGAGUCUGGCCAGAGUGUUUGCGGGGAUGUCUGACGGCCUGGUGGCAGUGUACAGCCUGCUGGAGGACCUCCCUCUGGAGGGGGAGACCUACCUGUGCUCACACACCCUCAACAGGACGCUGUUCGCCCUGAAGGACUCAGACCCCAGGCAGAGGCCCUACCCAGUCAGCAGCAUGGUGCUGGUCAGUAGGGGAUCCCAGUUAUGGCUCUCCAAUGGUCCAGGCGUGCUGGUCAUUGACUGUCUGAGUCUUCAGGCUGUUCGAAGGCUCGAUCCCUACAGCCCGCCGUCCUCCAUUGUAUCCAUGACAACUAGCUUCAGCCUAUGGGGAGAGGAGGCGGUGUGGACACUGGACGACCACGCCAACACGCUGCUGCUCUACCACGCCACCUCCUACCAGCUCUGUGCCCACUACAGCUGCGGAGACAGCCAUCCUCUUCGAGACGUCUUCUCUGUGCAGCGUCCUGCAGCGGUUACCACGGUGACAACCACUGAAUUCAAAGCCACGGCCAAAGAAAAUAUGCUGAAAAGGACUGAUGGAGAAGUGACACUGAUGUACAGUGAGGAGGCCGGCACUCAGAUCCUCCAGCAGCAGGAUUCACUGACCGACUACAAUCCCCUCCAAUCCACUCAUCAGGACCGGCAGCAGGACCGGCAGCAGGACCAGCAGCAGGACCAGCAGCAGGUCCAGGAACAGCAGCAGGACUCUGCAGAGAGCGUGAGGCCCUCAGAGCCCCGGCUGCAGGCCUUCACCCUGCUGGAAGUGAGCCGAACUCUGUGGAUCCCCAGGCGUGGAGGUGAUGUAAUGGUCAUUGAACUGCAGUCUCAUGGUGAUGAGCUGAGAGGGCGGGUCACUGCUGUCCUUAGCCCCCCCGGACGUUCUUCUCUGGGGAGGUUAGAAGAAGCUAACAUAAUAUCUCCAGACACAGUUGUCUGUGGCUUUCAGAAGGAAAACAUGGAGUUGGUCGCCUGUGUGGUCUGGAGGGGCUGGGGCUGCCGCGAACUGGAGGUCUUCUACCGGUCCUACGAGGAGCUGGGCCGCUUGGAGAGCAGCAUGAGGAGAAGAAGGUAGCUGUUGUGCUGCAGAAUCGCAGCUCUGUGUGGAGGUGGGCCGAGGGGAAUACACGGUGACAGAUGGCCAGUGUUCAGAGCAGGGGGCCGGCGAACACUGAAAUCAGGGGAACGUAGGGGUGAGGAGUGGGGGGGGGCUGAGUUUCCAGCUGUUCACAUACUUAUGAACCCAUAAUAAGUUCAGAACUAAAAGAUGUGUGAUCCCACAGCAGACCCGAACAGCCCUGCAGUCACAGAUCGCAACAAGAGAAAACGGCAAGCUUAAAUGUUUUUAGCAAAUCAGCUAAACACUGUGGAAUGACUGGAAUUCACUCCAAGAUGUGGUUGUCUGACUCCGGCUGCUGAAAUACAUCAUUUCUUUGUCUUUGUCUUUUAUUUGACUAUCCCUAUGUGCUACUUUAUGGGCAGGGCCAUUGUUACAGGACCAGUUGAAAUGAGUUGGUGCUGGCAGGUUGUAGACGACACUAGUCAGAACACAGCGUUCCUUUCUAACUGCACCAUAAACUCUCACCUUUUUGUAAAUGAAGCUCUAUUCUGGCCGCAGUUUGUUCCUGCACUGUGCCUCAGUAGAACAGGACAUCAUCUCAAAACUGUCCUCUGGGUUUCUCUUUCGUUGCUCCUACUCCGCCUUUCCUUCACAGCACUCACAGUACCUGAGAUUCACACACUGGACACAUUUUACAUUAUGUACUACUUUAAUGUUUUGUUUGGAUGAUGCUACUUUAUUAAAACAAGUAAACCUGA